AUAAGCGGCGGAGUCGGGUCUUAGUAAAACCGGGUUCGCUGUCGUUGGGUCACCGGCCGUGUUCUAGAGAGUUUCGCCGUGAAUUCGAAAUUCAAAGUGAGAUAAGCUCCGUUUGAUUCCAGUUUGGCAGUUUCUGCCGCCAAUUUUUGUUUUUUUUUUUUUUUGGUGAGAAGAAGGAGAUAACAUGGGUCGACCUCCCAGUAAUGGCGGUCCGGCGUUUCGAUUUAUCCUACCCGAGGUGAAUGAGAUGGAAGCAAUUUUGCUACAGCAUAAUACAGCAAUGCCAGGUCGACAUAUUCUUGAAGCUCUUGCUGAUAAGUUUAGUGAAUCACCUGAGCGGAAGGGGAAAAUUGUUGUGCAAUUUAAGCAAAUCUGGAACUGGUUCCAAAAUAGGCGGUAUGCUUUGAGAGCAAGGGGAAAUAAAGCUCCUGGGAAGCUAAAUGUAUCUUCCAUGCCGCGUAUGGAUUUACCAAAUCAGAUGAGAAAUGUGAUGCAACCAUUAGCCGCUCCUAAAACCACUCAUAUGACUGCCAAUCAACCCGGCAUGACUCCUGCCCCUUCCGGUAUUUUAGUUCCCGGUGUCAUGAGGAGUGGUUCAGACAACUCCUACUUGGAAUUUGAAGCCAAAUCUGCCAGGGAUGGUGCAUGGUAUGAUGUGCAAGCUUUCCUAGCUCAUAGAAACUUGGAGAUUGGUGAUCCGGAAGUGCAGGUUCGGUUUGCAGGUUUCGAAGUUGAAGAAGAUGAAUGGAUAAACGUCAAAAAGCACGUCAGGCAACGGUCUCUCCCAUGUGAAGCAUCAGAAUGUGUUGCAGUUCUUGCCGGAGAUCUCGUACUUUGUUUCCAGGAAGGAAAAGAUCAAGCUCUUUACUUUGAUGCCACUGUUCUUGACGCACAAAGAAGAAGACAUGAUGUCAGAGGUUGUCGUUGUAGGUUCUUGGUGCGUUACAGCCACGACCUGUCCGAGCAGGAAAUUGUUCCCUUGAGGAAGAUUUGUCGGCGGCCCGAGACAGAUUACAGGCUACAACAACUUCACAACGUUGUAAAUGAUUUGGCUAACUUGAAUCAGCAUCAGAUACCCGCCCUAGAUGCGGCUGCAAAAACCUCUCUUUCACAAUCCGGAGCUUCAGUUCCCAUUGUUGCACCGGAGCCGAAAGAUCGGAGCUUAAGCACCACUCCAGCCACUUCGGUUCAGCCUAGCUCCAAUGCAGCAGCUGUCCCCGCUGGUUCUGCCUAGGCCAUGUAAUUUCUAUCCCCUUUUGUAACCGCCAUUUUCACAGUUACUAGUAGAGCCGUAGGGGUUAACUCGGGAUCAUAUGCAUUUGUAAUCUCACACAAUGACUUAGUCAUCUAAAGCUGUAUCACGCCAUGUUACUUGAUCCCUCAUGUCUGAUGUAAUAAUUAUGGUUUUGUCCGGUUUAUUCAUCUUCUGAUGAUCACCGGUUACUCUUUGAACAAACAUGUUCCAGUUCAGUGGAUUUAUUCUUAAGGCUAAAUUUACAAGUUAGGAAUCU